AUGUAUUUUUUUCAUUCAUUAUUUUUUUUGUUAGCCGCUUCAUGUGCUGAGGUUUAUGAACUUAAUUCAAAAAACUUUGAAAAGUUCAUAGAUGAAUACCCAUAUGCUAUAAUAAACUUUUAAAAAGGGUAUGAUUGUGAUAAAUGUAAUGAAGUAGAUUAAAUGCUAGGAAAAAUAGCAUAAAAUUUUAAAGAGAAAUUGUUAGGAUUUGGGAGAAUAAAUUGCAAAUAAUAUCCUAUUUUUAUAAAAAGAUUUGGAAUAAAUAAAUACCCAGCACUUAUUUUUUUUAGAUAAGGAGACAUUGAGGUCUAUGAAGGUUAAAAAUCAUACACAACACUUUUUGAAUGGCUGAAAGAAAAUUUGAGACCACUAGUUCAUAUCAUAGAAGAUGCUUAAAAUUUAAAAGAUUUUCUUGAUGAAAAAGUUGCAUUAGUUUAUUUUGCUUCAGAAAAUGAGUUUAUCGAUCCAUUUAUUUUAAUGAAAAUGAAAGAAGUAAAUAUGAAGUAUUCUUUGUUUUAUAUGGUGCUCGCUAAAUCGCCAGAUAUCCGAAAAUAUUUUGGUAUUGAGAAUGAAACAAAUUUGAUGAUAUUUCCCUAAAAUGGAGAACCAAAAAAAUAUAAAGGAUAUAUUUAAGAGUAUGAAUAUGUGUUAUCAAAAGCAUGGAAAAUUAUUUACUUUAGGAAGCAUUGCCAUUAAUUUAUACAGGAAGUGAUUUAGAAAUUUAAGUUACAUUAAAAAAUUAGACUCCAUUUCUUCUAAUUUUUGAUGAAAUGAAUCAAGAUUAUUAUGAAAUAGCUGAAAGAAAUUAAUAUUUUGUGAAAAUUUUUAUUUUUGAUAAAUAAGAUUAUGAAGCAAUUUAAAUAUUUUCUGGGCUACUUCAAAUGCAAAUUGAUGUUAAUUUUAUAUAUUUUCAUGAAACGAAGUAUAAAUUAGAUUUAUAAAUAGAAAUAAAAAAACAUAAAAAAUAACUAAAAACAAUUUAUAAUAUAUCAUUUGGGAUUAUAUUGAUAGAGAAGAAGGAGUAAGGUUUGAUAUAUGA